UACUCAGACGUCAGGUCAGUCUGUACAGCAGCGGACUGCCCCAGAGAAACAGCAUGAAUUCAAAGGUCCUCUUGGUCGUUUUGGGCUUGGCUGCCCUUGUUGUUGCCGACAGCAGGGAGACUUAUUCUUACGCUGCCCCCCGAGGCUCCUCAGAGUCACAGGAAUCCCUCGAGUCCGGCGAGGUCAAGUACAACUUCAACUGGGCCGUGGGCGACGACUCCUCCAGCAACGAAUUCGGACACCAGGAGGCCCGCGACGGCGAGGACACCCAGGGAUCCUACUACGUCCAGCUCCCCGACGGUCGCCUGCAGAAGGUGUCCUUCCACGUCGACGGUGACGACGGGUACGUCGCCGAGGUCACCUAUUCCGGCGAGGCUCAAUUCCCGGACUCCGACGAAUCCGACGAAUCUCGAGAGGCUCCAAGGAGGUACUACGCUGCUCCCGACUCGAACGAAUCGAAGUAGACGUUUGAGAAAGAACUUUGCAAGAUAGUCGAUGUCUUUCUCCUUCGACUCGAGAUACCACGAACUUCAAGUACAACCGUAUUGUUUAAAUGUGCGUGUAGAGUGUGAAAGAUAUUAUGCAGGUAUCUAUUUAUUUAUUUGAAUAUAUUUAAAUAUCUGAGACAA